CUCGCGGACGGGCUGAUCUGGAUAAGGAAGCUCAGGAAGGAAUAAAUCAUCUCCAACCUCCUCGCUGCUCGUUUAUAACCAAUCAGUUGCAGAAAGGCGAGGGUGACAGCAGCCCGGGUACACAGGGUGCGGGCCCCCAGUCGGUGCACACUCAGGGACAGAUAAAUGUGCGUGUGCAUGCAUGCACCAGAGGGGCCGUUGUUCUUAUUGUCUGCCUUUCUCUGCAGAGAACAAGGGCAGCGGCGAGGGGCCUGCGCCCUGGGCUAGUGUUGCAGCCCCCAGCGGGUCGAAGGAGGCAAUUUCGCGGGUGGGGGAGGGUGGAGGAGACCUUGAUUUCCACCAAUCCCGGGGCGCGUGUCUGCGGAGUCCAGGGCGCAGCGGAAGGCUGCGGCGCACCGCUGAAUGAACUGAUGAGAGCGAGUUCUCAGCUUGCCUGGGAGGGGAGCGGAGCGAGGGUCCCGGCGGGCAUGGCAGAGGCGCCGGGGGCGGGCUAGCGGUCCCGGGCCGCGGUGGAAAUUUCCAAGGACUUGGCGCGGCGGAGAGAGCACGUCUUGGGGGGUGCCGGGCACCGCGGCGGCGCAGGAGGCGGGGGAAAGGGCGGUGCAGGGCGCAGGAGCAUCUUUAUCUGGAAGGGACACAGAGGGUCAGAUGUCCAGGAGCCAGCCGCACCUCUUCCACGACCCCAGCGGAGGGCAGCUGUGAUGCUGUAGUAAGGGCGGCAGCAGCUGGCCCCCCGCUGCUCUCACCCAAACCCCUCCGUCGCCUACCUCUGCAGGGAAAGGGACCAUGGCUCGUGACUUGCCCGGAGGCCACUUCCUCUAGCAAGAAAUCCGUGGGAAAAGUUGCAUUGGCGAAGAUCCUUGUAGCUGACCUCUGGGGCCGUGGUGGGGGUCCCCCAGCCGUGCGUGUGCAUGCAAGAAAGCCAAAGGUGUGUGUGCAUGGGGGGCCGGCCGUGGAGGCACCCUCUCCUGCCACUUCGCCUGGCAUUGUGCUGAGGCUCCCACGACCGACCCUGGAUGCCGAGGCUGUGAUGAGCCCCUGCGGGCGGGCCCGGCGACACACGUCCAGAGGGGCCAUGGCCAUGCUGGCAUGGAAGUUCCCGCGUACCCGGCUGCCCGUGGGAGCCAGUGCCCUCUGUGUAGUGGUCCUCUGUUGGCUCUACGUCUUCCCUGUCUACCGGCUACCCAACGAGAAGGAGAUCGUUCAAGGGGUGCUGGCACAGCGCAUGACUUGGAGGAGGAACCAGACCGCUGCCAGGCUCUUCAGGAAACAAAUGGAGGACUGUUGCGAUCCUGCCCAUCUCUUUGCCAUGACUAAGAUGAAUUCUCCCAUGGGCAAGAGCCUGUGGUAUGAUGGGGAGUUUUUAUACUCAUUCACCAUUGACAAUUCCACGUAUUCCCUCUUCCCCCAGGCAACCCCCUUCCAGCUGCCAUUGAAGAAAUGUGCGGUGGUGGGAAACGGUGGGAUUCUGAAGAUGAGUGGCUGUGGCCGUCAAAUAGAUGAAGCAGAUUUUGUCAUGCGAUGUAAUCUCCCUCCUUUGUCAAGUGAGUACAUCAGGGAUGUCGGAUCCAAAACUCAGUUGGUGACAGCUAAUCCCAGCAUAAUUCGACAGAGGUUUCAAAACCUGCUAUGGUCCAGAAAGACGUUCGUGGACAACAUGAAGAUCUAUAACCACAGCUUUAUUUACAUGCCUGCCUUCUCUAUGAAGACGGGAACAGAGCCCUCUCUCCGUGUGUAUUACACACUGAAAGAUGUUGGUGCCAAUCAAACAGUGCUUUUUGCUAACCCUAACUUUCUGCGGAACAUUGGAAAGUUCUGGAAGAGUAGGGGGAUCCAUGCCAAGCGCCUGUCUACAGGACUCUUUCUGGUGAGCGCAGCCUUGGGCCUUUGUGAGGAGGUAGCCAUCUAUGGCUUCUGGCCCUUCUCUGUGAAUAUGCAGGAGGAGCCCAUUAGUCACCACUACUACGACAAUGUCUUGCCCUACUCAGGCUUCCAUGCCAUGCCUGAGGAAUUUCUCCAACUCUGGUACCUUCAUAAAAUUGGUGCACUGAGGAUGCAGCUAGACCCAUGCGAGGGACCAUCUCUUCAGCCCACUUCCUAGGGACCAUAAAAGAAGAAAGGACCGGGUGGGGUAUUUUUUGCUAGGUUUUCUAUGUGACUUCUAAAAGGAAUGGCCAAAGUGUAUCAUGGAUUGGCAUGAUAGGAAACAAACAAAAACCCAAGCAAAACUUUGCUUUUGAUGUUGGCUUGGAGAACAAUAAGAAGUAAAAUGUUCUGGGGGAACAUUUUAUAUCAUGCUGUGGAUUUGCAACUGGGACAGCACCAAGGAGAUGAUGCUGGCAGAUCACGUGUCUGUGGUUCAAAUCCAGAAGAUGCAAUUCAAGGACCAGAUGGACGCUAAUUGCUGAGGCUGAGGGGCUCAUCAUGGCAGCAUGUGGGAGAUGCUGGGGUAUUGCUGAUUGUCAAUAUACACUGGCAUCAUAGUCAUUUUAAAAGACCUGUCUUAUUGAGACUGGCAUUAGAACUGUAGGUUUUUAAAAAUUAUUAUUUAUUUUUGCCCUGUUUAGGGCUAUGGGUGGGUGAUGGGGUAGACUUACAAAAUCCUUCCUGCUGAUUUUUGUGAUUCAUUAAAACAAGUCUAUGUUGACCAGUCCCUCCACUAGUACAGGUUUAAAUAAGGAUUACUUCUUGCCUCUUUGGUUAAGCCUACUUAGCAUGAAGCUCUGUUGAAGUUAGACUGUGUUGAUUCAUAGUCUAGAUAACAUGAGACACUUCCUCUCCUCAGAAGUUGAGAGAGAAACUCAAUUUUAGGUCCCCAUUACAUCAACCCAUUGGCUGGGUUGCUAUUAUUUUCACAAAAUCACUACAUGUGCAAGUACAUUCUUUACUUGUAAAGUGGCAAAAGUGUCUUCCUUUAAUGAGAGGUGAAGUAGGUCACAGCGAGUAAGAACUUCGUCUCUGAGGCAGACAGACCAGAAGGCAGGGGGCCCUUUCCUCUUUAACAUGAAUAUUUCCCUUCAAGAUAACUCAUGCGUGUGCACACAUGAAUGUUUUCUUUCAAGAUAAUGUGUGUGUAUGCACACCUGAAUAUAGACACAUACACUCAGACACACUAUACAAAGUAAUCAAAGAUUAUUCUCAUGUGGCUAUGAAAACUGAGUGCGCAUGGCCUGGUGUUGGAGAGCUGCAGAGAUAUGGUAUGGAAUCCAUCCCACGUUGACGUAAGUUGAGCUGGCACAGCAGUUGCUGUCAAUUUGCAUGCCAGCACGGGGUGCAAGCUUUACCCUCAAAUAUGUAAUCCAGAAUGAAAACUGCUCUCUUACUCAUCCUGCCUCCUCCCCCCAAAUCUCAUGAAUGGGCCUUGUGUUGAGCAUAGUGACAUGGGACAUGGCUCACGCAAGUGAGCAGGUAGGAGCCACUAGCUGUGGAUCUCCCCAGUGCCAGGUGGGGCUGCUUGGGCAGCUUGGUACAGCAGCUUUAACACAACACAACAGGGUUGCAGAUUACGGCCAAAUGUGUUUACUGUAGGUAAGGGACAAGCAGGGACAUCUUUCAAAGUGUUUGUGCUUUGAGGCGUGUUAGGCUCCAAGGAGAUGUGAAGACUCACGUUUAUUCUUUCAAGUGUUGUCAUGAUGUAGGUAAAAUCAACCCACAAGCUCUACUGCACCAUGAAGGUAGAAACUUAGUAUAUUGACCAUGCCUAUGAAAACAGGGGGCUUUAAAAAGAAGGCGAACUUCCAAGAUAUCACAGUUGUUUAAGAGUUGCACAUCUAGGGUAGGGAGUUUCCAAAUGUGAUUAAAUACCGGGUUAUUCUAGAAAUUAGCAUUUGGACUGACACUAGGUGCCACGAUGGUGCACAGGUUGUGGUGAUGUUUAGAGAAUGAAGAGUUUGGGAGGCUCACCACUGUGCAGGGCUGGCUUAGUGUUUCUAUCUUGUGCAGCAGCAUCAGGAUAUCAGGAAGGCAGGGUGAGUUGUUAGUCAUGUCUGUCCAACCCUGAAUAUAAUCCUGUUUUGAGUGACUAGAAGUUAGUAAUUACCUAAGAAAAAAUACAUUUUUACCAAUAGAUUCAUUAAAAGUGUAAAAGGUCUAAGAAAACAACAAAUACAAAGAUUGAUUAAGUGUGCAUUCAGAUGAAUGCAUUAAUUGGUCAAAAUCUAAAGAAGAAGCUCAUAAAAUGCACACAUCAUGGUUCACUGAGAAUGCUGUCUGGGAGUCUGAACUUUCACUACAGUUCCUGGAACAGGUCCGUGUAAUAGAUUUGUGUGUUUAGUCUAUGAAAUUGUAAAGCUAUUCUGCAUGGCAUCUGAACUGCAGAACGGAGAUGAUCAACACUGUCAGCUGACCUGUGCUUUCACCUGUGUGCUGACUUCCCUUCCCCCUCAGGUGCCAUGAGCCAACACCUGAGGACAUUUUUCAUCGUUAUGACCAGGAAUGCUAGCUGCUUGUGGUAGGGAACAGUCAUGGAUAGUGGUCCAACAGCAACAGGUCAGCCACUUACCACAGAGAAUGACCCAGAGAAAUGUUAGUAGUGUGAAAACUGAGAAACCCCAAGGUAGACCAAAAGAAAAGUUUGACUGCUCAUACUAUCUGCCUUUUAGGACAUAGGUACAAUGUUCAUGUCGCAAACAGCAUUGCUGCAAUCUUUAUUAUUUUAGAGUGACAAUUCAUAGGUGUGUUAUAUGUAUAACUUUUUGUGUGUUUGGUUAGAUGAUGUAGUUAAGCAAGAGGUAGGUCUCAUCACCCCCUCUUGUGCAUGUGUGUGUGUGUAUGUACAUUAUUUUCAGUAAAAUACAUGUUCCUACAUAGAAACCUCUCCAGAAUUGUCCUGUAGAACAUUCUGGAGUACCCUUAGGAGAUUGUUUAUUAUUCAAUUCUACUUAUUGAAAUUAAGGCCUUCAGCUCUGGGCCUGGUCCAUUAAUGUAUUUGACCUUUAAUGGUCAGACAGAAGGGAUUUGCAUUAUGGUGGAUGUGUUCAAUAAAAAGGAUUUAAUUCAUUUCAGUGCAUCUGGCAAGGGAUGAUGCCCCUCUCUACCACCAAUUAGACAAAUGCUUUAAGUGUGUGUAUGUGUGCAUGCAUGGCAGUGUACAUGAGAGACAGAGACAGAGAGAGAGAGACAGAUAGACAGACAAAAGUAAGAUUGCUUCAUGGGGUGGGGACAGGAAAGGAUGCAGAGACUGCAAAUGAGCACCCAGAUAGGAACUUCCGUUUUAGUCAACUGCAGCUUGAGAAUUGCUUUGGUGAAAGAUCUUUUCACACACGAUGACUGUGGACCCAUAUACUCACUGUAAAGUGCUUUACAAAAGUGCAUAAAAAUCACGUGCCUGAACUAGCUUGUUCACUUUUAUGACUUUGUCAAAGGGAGUGAGCAGAAGGAGGGACUUCUCAGCCCUUAAGAGUGCUGACUGCUUAGUUCCUGACACAUGCUUCCCUGUACAGCUGCCUGUCACUCCAGUUCCAAGGGAUCUGGUGUUCUCUUCUGGCCUCCAUGGACACUGCAUGCAAGUGGGAUCAUAUACGCACACAUAAUAAGUGAAUGCAUCUUAAUAAAGGAGAGAAUUCAUUCUCUAAAGUGGCAGAUGUCCAGGUAGUGCCCUUCCUGCUGCUUUGCUGGGAAGCCAGUCAUCUCUAGUUUUAUUUUCUAUGUUUGAAAAAUAGCAUCUGUGUGGCAAAUUCUUGUCAGGAGGGAUCUAAUGAGAACAUCAGUCACCAGUGCACUGAGGGAUCUUCACCUUAGGAGCUGCUGUGCCUAAGCUUGCACUUGCUAAUCAAAGCGCUCCCAUGGCAGAGUCUGGUCACCUUGACCCAGUUGCAGCCCUGCAUAUGAUCAUGAGGAGUAGAACUCUAGUCUCUGUGUACACAGAUGAACUUUCUGAAUCCCCAAAGCUAGGGAGAUAGCAAAUACCCCAUAGUUCCUGGGCUGUGUCUUUGAAAUCAUGAACUUCUAAAGCCCAGAGUCCACAUUUAGUCUUUAAAUGUGAGGCACUAUACAGUUUCUGCUUUAUAAGUGAGAGAGUCUUAAAGUUGUAGACAACACACACACACACACACACACACACACACACACACACAGACACACAGACACACACACACACACACACACACACACACACACACACACAAUAUGAAUAGUAUCUGCCUUAUUCUCAGCCUUAAUGUGCCAUUUGACAUUUUCACAUAUAUCCCAGAGAUGAAUGAUUGAUGUGUGUGUAUGAAUUGAAAGGUCAUUCAUACUAUUCAUACUAUCUAACCUUUCUCAUUGAACAAGGAAGAAACAUGCUUCUGCUUCCUUGUUUGGGUUUUCUCUCUGUUGCUGACAUUUGUAGUUUCUUCUUCCUUUAACACAGAGAAACAAACAUAUUGAAGUGAAUUAUAAUAUCGUGAGCACUUGAGUCAAAGCCCUUGACUAUCACUUGAUAGGGCACAAAAGAGGAAUUAUAUUUUGUGGUUGCUCAUUUGCCUAUGACUCUCAGUUUCACUGCUGUGUUAAAAGCCUUCUUGGUUUUGCUUUUCAAUUGAAACUUGGGGAUUCAAUCAAUGACACAAAGUUGUCCAAGAGUUUUAUGGUGUAAUAUCCAAAUAUAGUGAUCAUGUUUCUUCUAGCUUCUGUGUAAUUAGACUCCUCCAGGUAACUGUCACUUUCAAAUGUAUGUUUCAUGCAAUAACAGUAAACACCAAGAGAUGUGACUUAGUCCAAAACAGAGAAAACUGGAUUCAUGGAAUUCUGGAUUUCUCUGUAUAGUAACAGAAAGAAAAAAUGCAAUAGAGAAAAGAUGUAACCAAAAUGAGAACUAAGAGCAAAUAUUGAUUUUGUUCUCUGCUGCAAAGGACCUAUUGGGAGUGGUCUUGGCCUCAGAAGGAAGCUCGGCAGACAGGAAGGAAGGGAUUGUUGUCUUAGAAUGCAUUUGCAAGAAUGGAGUGGUUUCAAGGUAACCAAAAGGAAGUGUGUGGCCAUGCCAUCAUUAGGGUUAGGAUGAAAAGAUGCUAGAUGGACCAUGAGCAUGGAUUGCAAGGCUGUUGCGGGGAAGACUCCAAGCUGGUACCUGUUUUCUCAUGUGAAUCUUGGAGGUCUUGGAGGCCUCAGGUUCCUGCGCCGCCCACCAGGCAGUGCCCUCCUGGAUGCCUGUGUUCAGUGAAGCAAACACCUCCAUGUCCCUCGGUCACCUGCCUUUUGAUUUGUACUCUCAAGGUGAGUUAUAAUUUAGCUCUCCUGUCAAGAUGAUACAGCGAUGGUGGUAAAUAUCACCCUGAUGUUGACCGGUGAACGUGGUCACUAUACACUGCACAUAGCAAGAGUUACUGUUAACUUCCUGUCCCCACAAUGAUUCCCAAGAGAGGCGAUGGCAACCUAGAUUCAUUACCCUUCAUGUUUCAGUUCAAUCUUUCUCCCUCACUCCCUCUCUCCCUCCUCCCUUAUAUUAUUUAUGCCCACGGAAAAUAGAAAGUAACUGGUAAUGUUGGGGAGUGGCAGAGGGUGCCUUAACUUUUCCUGGCUUGGCUCCCCACUUACAUAUUCCCUUCAUGUGUUUGUUGCUUUUUAGAUGUUUCCAUGUCCGUCCAACUUGUACCUUUAUCAUCAGCAAGACCCUUUUAAAUGUAGCAAAUGGGACUAUUUUAUAGAAAUUCAUGAUAGUAUAUAGGCCUUGGAGAAGUCUGAUAAUGGUGUGUAAAUAUCCUUUGCUCAGUUGUGGAACAUUUUUCUAAGGUCUUUUAGGUGAUAGCUACAGGAAGAUUCCUAGAGUUAAGAAUGUUUUUCCAGAAAAUUCCAGUAUUCAAGGAAGCAAGGAACCACCCUAUUGCUGUUUUCCAUUCUGUCGUCAGCACUGACAGGCUUCUCUCUCCACAGUUAGGGUGACUGAUGGCUACUGUGGUGCACCAUAGAGAUACUACAUAUAUGGGAAGGGGAGAGAAAAGACAUACAACACACGAUUCUAAAGCCUGCUUCAUCUUUACAAAGCUCUAUAAUAUUACUAGACUAAUAGUUACCAUGCAGCAUACUGUGAUCUGCAAAGUAUUGGGGAAUAGUUUACCUUUAGCCUCUUUCAUUGCUCAUUCCAGACUAUUCGACAGGCAUGCAAGCUGUUCUAUCAGUGUGUAUUUUCAGAGGUUGGGGAAGAGUCAAAAUAGGAAAUUUUAAAUAUUCUUUCUCGUGUACUGUCUACUGGUCCAUGGAUCUACUAAUUCUGGAGCUUUUAGAUCAGACUAUAAAACCGAAGUCAGCAUUUGAAGUGUUUGCAGAGCGGCGUCCUCCUAUGAAGGCCAGAUUUGAUUGACAGCAAGUGUGGGGUAACCCAGUGCUCUUCAUUUCUUUUCUUUUGGAGAAUUUUAUAUAAAAUGUAGCAGGGAAGAAAAUAGGUUUAAUUGGUACUUUUUAUGGUGUGACUUGAAAAAAAAAUGGUGCCUGUCUGUUGGCUGAGAUGAACAGUGAUGUGCCUAGAGGGUCACUGGAAAAAUGUCUUUUCUUUGCUGUGAUCAUGAACCGUGGCUAGCAGUGAGAAGAUUAACUGGUCUCAGUUCCUCUACCUCCCUUCCUCGGAGAAUAUUUGGAAGUGUACCCUGUGAAUAAAAUGGGAUUUUUUU